CUUCCUUCCUCGCUCUGGGGGAUGAAGCUGGCCGAGGGAGAUGACGGGGGGGAGGGGGCUUAUACUGGACCCGGUUCCCGGCAAAGCAGCUCCGCCUCUCUUGCUCUCAGUCUCCGCGCCCCGAAUCUUCCCAUUUCUUUGGCGGUGGCAGAUGGGGCGCAGUACGACCCUGCAGCCGCGGCGGCAGGAGCCGCUUCUUCCAUCACCAGGAGGAUGCCCUCCGGGAGGGCACUGCCGGCAGCCCCCGCCGCUUCUCAGCCUCCGACUGGCCCGGAAACCCCCUACAUACACACAGCUCUAGGCAAAGGAACUGGGGUCUGCAGCGCUCUCUUGCCCGUCCAGCCCCCGGCACCAGGCUCUUCUGGCCAACGAGGAAUCCGGGCAGAGAAAACCCCCGCCGCCGCAGCAGCUGCCGCGCGAAAGCGGCGCCCAGGAGGAUGCAGCUACGCGCCUCUCCCUACGCCGAGCGGCUGCAACGCGCUCGGAUCAGCCUCUGCGCGGCUCCUGCCAGCCUGCGCCGGGUUGGUGAGCGCCGCCGUCUGUCGCUGCGGCUCCUCCCCUUCGCCGCGCCGCCCGCCCCCUCGCAGCGCCCAGCUCCUGCCGCCGCCUUGGGGGUUGAAGAUGCGGGGCCCGAUUUACAGCGGCGUUGCUUGGGCCUCCAUCCGCUCGGCUGAGGCCGUAGCCAUCCUAGCUCCAAGCGCCAGAGUACGGAUGCGGGGUUCGGAGCGCUCGGGGUCGGCGCCGCCGGCUCCCCGUAGGAACCCAGGACGCACCCGCGCCUCGGAGCGCACCGAGGACUCCGACACCGCUCUUGGGCUGCCCACUCCCGGGGCGCCCAUUCCAUCUGGCCUGAGGCUUCUCCCUCACCAAGGAAGUAAUAAAUCUUUCUGGCCCCGGGGUCAAAGAAGAAGCUUCAGUUUUCCAGAGGAGUGUGCCGGCGGGGCGUCUUCUCCCCGCUUUCCUCCAACUAUGGAGAGGGCCUCUCUGGUUUUAUUACGCCCCCAGCAGACGCCCUCGGCAUCUCCGCUCCUAAUGACGCGCCCGCUGUGA